AUGGCUCAUUCUAAGCAUAUAGACAAAGUUCUUGAUAGGCAUAGUGAUGAAACUAUUGCAAAUAACCGCUUAAGGUUGAAGACAUCUAUUGAUGCUAUUCGAUGGCUUGCAUUUCAAAAUGUUAAUAAUGUUGUCCUUGAAAAUGCUCCUGGAAAUGCUCAAUAUAUAUCUCCCGGUGUUCAAAAAGAUAUAUUGCAUAUCUUUGCUAGAAAAGUGCGUGCAACAAUUCGAGAAGAAAUUGAUGAUUCUAAAUUUUGUAUAAUUAUUGAUGAAGCAAGAGAUGAGUCAAAGCGAGAACAAAUGUCUGUGGUUUUGAGAUUUGUAGACAAGCACGGUUGUGUUCAAGAAAGAUUUUUUGAUCUUAUACAUGUUUCUGAUACAUGUUCUUUGACAUUAAAAACAGAAAUUUCAUCAGUUCUUUCUCGUCAUAAUCUUGAUGUCCAAAAUCUUAGGGGACAAGGGUACGAUAGAGCUAGUAAUAUGCGUGGUGAAUGGAAUGGAUUGCAAGCUCUAUUUCUGAAAGAUUGUCCUUUUGCUUAUUACAUUCAUUGUCUUGCUCAUCGAUUACAAUUAGCACUUGUUUCUGUAGCCAAAGAAUUAAGGGUUGCUCAAGCAAAUAAUGUUGCAAACUUAAUUGCCAAUGAUCAAAUUGUGACAGGUAGUGAACUUAAUCAAAUUGGUACUUUGCAAAGAGCUGGAGAUACUAGAUGGGGGUCUCAUUUGAAUCCUGUACGUAGCUUGCUAUGCAUGUUUGAUGCUACUUGUGAAGUUCUUGAAAAAAGCAGUGAAGAAGGUAAUUUCUCUACUCGUGGUGAUGCUAGUGCUGCUUAUGAUGCUAUCACAUCCUUUGAAUUUGUCUUUGUUUUGCAUUUGAUGAGAAAUAUUUUGGAAGUUAGUUAUGAUCUUUGUCAAGCUUUGCAACGAAAAAAUCAAGACAUAUUGAAUGCUUUAACUCUGGUUUCUACUACCAAGACUUUAAUCCAAUGA